AUGGCAGGAUCGAGAGCAAAAUUCAGCGACCAAUCAGAAACAAAUUUUAAGGAAUGGAAACAGAAGGUUGAAAAAGAAAAUGUUUGUUCGUAUACUACAAAAUCAACGGCUAGUAUUAAAAAUGGUAAACGAACUUAUUACCAUUGUCAUCGUAGUGGAUACUUUAGUAGUAAAUCAUGUGGGAUCAAGCGUAUUAAAAGCCAAGGAAGUAAUAAGAUAGGAUCAACAUGUACAUCUUCAAUGGUGGUGACAGAAGAUGCUAAUGGAAUAAAUGUUGAUUAUAGUAGCACUCAUUUUGGGCAUGGGUCUAAUUUAGGUAGAUGUAGGUUAACUGCUGAUGAACGUUCAAUGAUAGCAGGAAAAAUCUCAGAAGGAGUUAGCUUUUCAAAAAUUUUAGACGAUAUUAGAAAUAAUGUUCAAAGUAUUUAUGACGUCACCACUGUUAUCUCAAAGAGAGAUUUACGAAAUGUUGAAAGGGAUUUCAAUUUAGUUGAGGGUAAAGCUCAUUCUUCAGACUAUGUUAGUGUACGUAUAUGGAUGGAAAAUAUGAAUAGUUUGUCUGAAGAAGAAAAUCCAAUCAUUUAUUCCUAUUUGGAAAACGAUGAUGUAUUUUUGAUUAUUGCAACCAAGUUUCAAUUAGAAAUGAUUCAAAAAUUUGGUUAUGAAAAAAUCUGUGUAGACUCUACCCACGGUACCACAGAGUAUGACCUUCUUCUUACUACACUAGUUGUAGUGGAUGAGUAUGGUAAUGGAUUUCCUUGUUGCUUUUGUUUUACCAAGAAAAAAGACACCAAAACAUGGAUCACUUUUUUUACAAAAGUUAAAGAAAGAACUGGCAAUAUAAAAACGAAGGUUUUUAUGAGUGAUGAUGAUCCAGCAUUUUAUAAUGCUUGGUGCAAUGUCAUGGGUAAUGCUGAGCAUAAACUUCUCUGUAGUUGGCAUGUUGAUCAUUCAUGGCGUAAACAAAUACAGACAAAAAUUAAAGGUUCAUUCGAAAAGAAAACCUAUAUUUAUAAAACACUCAAAAUCUUACAACAUGAAACAAAUGUAGAAGAUUUUGAAAAUAUGUUGGCUGGAAUAUCUGAUGAAUUGAGAGAUGACAACGAUACAAAAGAAUUUUAUCAUUACUUUCAAUGUAAUUAUCUUAAUAGAGUAGAGCAAUGGGCAUAUUGCCAUCGUAAUUUAUGUGGCAUCAAUACCAAUAUGUAUUUGGAGUCUAUACAUAAGACCAUCAAAUAUUUUUAUUUAAAUGGACGUAAAAAUAAACGUAUGGAUCAAUGUAUAAAUGCAUUACUCAAGUUCAUACGUGACAAGAUCUUUGAAAGGUUUAUUAAAUUAGCCAAAAAUAAAUACUGCAGUAAAGAAGAUAAAAUUAUGAUUAGCCACAAUGCUGCUGUUAAAAUAUGCGAUGCUAAAAUUGAACGCAUGUCUCCUACAACUUGGAGAAUUAAAUCUACUACUGGAAAAGAAUCAUCCUAUGAUGUCAGUAAAGUACAAGAAAUCUGUGAUUUAAGCAAUUGUAAAUUGAAAUGUCGUUUAUGUAAUAUAUGUAAUCAUAUAUAUACAUGUGGCUGUCCAGAUUUUAUGAUUAGAUCAAAUAUUUGUAAACAUAUUCACUUAAUUUUACUGUCAGAAAAGCAUUUAGUUCAGACUUUUUUCACACAGCCCGAUGAAUCAACUGAACAGUUUGAUAAUUUUGAAAAACUUCUAGUGAAUCAAGAUAUUGUAGAACCUGUUGAAAAAGAAAAAAAUGCAAUUAUUAACAAAUUAAUGGUGGGUGUCGGUUUAAUGAAAUCUAAUGAUUAUUCCAUGGAUGAUUGCACUGAUAUACAAAAGAAACUUGAUUCACUUUUGGAUACCAUUCAAAGAAAUAAAAGGAAGCUAAUAGAUACUAACAACUUAGAGCCUUCCAAUAAAAAAAUUGAUAAGCAGCUUCGACUUGUUACAAAAAAAACUAAUUGUAAAUCUCAACUUCAAAAUAUGUGUUGA